GUGUCGAACGCGCCCCUCCAAGUCGCCGACUCCAUUCGCCGCUUCACCCUCCGGCAGGCGCCAGCACGCAGCGCGGUAGCACCGCCACUCCGCCAGGAGCCAGAACCGCCGCACGCCUCUUCAUUCUUCGCCUCACGCCCGUCGCCUGCACUCCGUUCGGCGGUUUGGCCAAUUGGCCCUUCUCAAUAUUCACCUUCAGUAGUUCCGUUCCUCUGAAAUACUUCAUGGAGAUGCAGACAGUUCAUAGUGCAUAUGGAGUUGUGAUCAAUUAGUAAUUUCUUCUUCUUCUUUUGGGUUGAGUGUUAAAGAGAAGAUGGGCAGUGUUCUGAGCAAGGCUGCUGAUGGCUUCGGAAAUGCCCUCGCCACUCCCUUCAAGGCUAUGCUUGAAGGAUCUUGCGAAGAUGUUUGCAGCGGAGUUUGGGAUGUGUCGUGUUUCAUCACUCACCUUUGUGUUUCGGAUUUGAUCAAGUUAUUUAUGAUUCUGGUGCUUUGCUACAUAACUCUACUGUUUCUGUACAUGUUCUUCAAACUGGGGAUAUGCCAAUGCAUAGGGAAAACUAUAUGCGGAAUGUAUUGUUCAGCGUGUAAGGCUUAUUGGUCAUCAGUUGGGUGUUUAAUGUGUUUCCUCUGGCAUAAACUUAUCAAUGUUCAGCGUGUGGAUCGUCACCACCGCCGACGGCGGCGCUUCAUAGAUGUUGAAUCUGGAGAUAAUUCCUUCAGUCUCGACGGUGACUCUUCAUUUGUUGAUGGAGGCGAUGUAAGGGUGUCUAGAAAGAGAAAGAUGAUGAUCAAGAGGACGGGGGAACGUAGACUUCACGGCCAGCAUCAUUCUCGUUAUCACAGUCACCGCCAUCGCCACGGCCACGGCCACGGCCACGGCCACGGCCACGGUCAGAGUCAUCAUCCUCAGGGUAGUAUGUAUACAAGAGAAGUUGGUCUUCAAGUUAAGGGUAGGCCUCUUAGAAUGGCAAAGUUAAGACAUCAUUCACCGAGAAAGGACAUUGUUGUUGCUGGCCCCAAUAUGGCAUCCUUCAAACGAAGACGAAUUGCUGUCCAAUGACAUUUCCUCUUUAGUAUAUACGGACUAUAUAAUUAUGGAGUAUAUAAUUUAGAUCAAAUGAGAAUGUUUUACUUGAUUUA